AGAAGCAGAAGUGGAGACGGACACGUGUGCGGAAGGAGACGCGGUCCACCUCCGGCCCGCCAUCCUGGCGGCAUGGUCCUUUGGGCCACAAUACUAAUCCUUCAAGGAGCUGGAUUUGUAGGCUCGGUGACAGGCAUUCCCGGCGUCCCGGAAAACAUAACGGUGAUGUUCCUGAACCCGACGUCUGUGCGCGUGUCUUGGAGCACCAGCCAGGUCGAGCAGGUCGAGAAAUACGACGUCACGUACAAGCCAACCGACGCCAGGAAUUAUGACGACAGUUACAGGGUGGUGGCGGUGGUCGCGGGAAAUAGCGAAGCAGUCACCUUGAGCGGCCUUCGGGCUGACACGCAAUAUCAACUGGUCGUAACCGCCGUGAGGGCCGGAAAGAAGUUUCGAAGCCGACCGAUCGUCUUCCGUACACUCGAGCCACCACGUACGUCCCCGCAGCAAGAUGCAGCGGUAACCGGUGGUCCUCUUCCUCCACCUCCACCAUCCUCGCAGCAGCCUCAACCGUAUAUACAAAUCCGCGGCGUCGAGGUGGGCAUAGUAGUGUUAGUGCUGAUAGUCUGGGCGGGCGCGAUAGCCCUGUUCUUCAAUCGCUGGGGCAAAAUACGCAUGCUGCUGCCGUACCAGCCCGACUACAAGGAGCAGCUCAAGGUUCCUGGCACCGGCGUGUGUGCGGCUGCGAACGCCGCGUACACGCAGCAUCCGACGCAGCACGCGUGCUCUCAGCAUCUGCACUGGUCGAGCCAUCACGUGGACUCCUUAGACAGCGGCGGAGCUUUAGGCUGGCCGAGAACCUCGAGGCCGCGCGUCAACAGUGCCAUCGACGUGGCCGGCUUCCUAUCGCAGGAAUUUCUGCGACGCCAUGGGUCCACGUCCAAAUUGUGCCGUAAGGUUCGCAGUGCAGAUAAUUUACCUCUCGCGUCAACGAAUCGCCAACAGGAUCCUCGAAGGAACUCCAAGGACGAGAGUACCGAAGGCGACCGGGAGUCCUUUCUGAAGCCAAAUCAGGACGACAAGUCCGAGGACCAGGAUUCAAGGAGGCAGAGCAGUCUCGAGAGCGCAACGAAGGACAAUACGGAAACGUCGUUGUUGGACCCUGGUCAUCAGCAGCCUUCUUCAAGAGACUCCCCGGUAGCAUCUUCGUCGUUAGUCACCAGACGUUUUGGGGGAUGGCGCACCGGCGGAAGCCACGAGUACGUCAGAUGCCCAAUGCGACAGCCUGCUUCCAUGGACGAGCGGUGUUAUCGACGAUCGUACGAGUCUGAUAUCACUCGUCUGCCACGGCACCAUCACUAUCACCGGCGCGCGGACGUCGAGCGGCAUACAAAGAGUUGCGACUACGCGAGACGGGCAACCGAGGCAACUACGGAGUCGAGCAUCGAGGUCCAACACUUCGGCCUGCCGAUUCUGAGCGUGAGCGAGCCUAGCCCACCGGACGAGAGCGAACGCGUCGAUGACUACUUGUAGGACUUGCUUGCCGAGGACUUCCUCAAGGAGCUCCUCGUGUGAUCCGCUGCGAUCUCGCCCUUAGUCUUCAUCCAGCGGGACCUCCUCCCAAGUCGGGACCCGGACAUUUUAUUCUCCCGUUGUCGAAGCGUUGUCCCACCGUGUCGACCUGGGACCGACAGUGCCAUCGCGACUUUCCAGGAGAUCGCGAUAGGUUCAAGUAAGUCGGAGUAAGGCGGGAGAGCGCGGGUUUCUCGAUCGCGUGCGCUCUAUCCCUUUUCGUUAUAAGCGAUACUUUCACGCGUAUAUUAAUAUCUUAGAAGAAUUCAGAGGUCAUGAAUAUAUUUGUUACUUGUAUUAUAUGUAUAGGAACUGCGCAAGAGUAACCGAACUCGUGUUUGAUCCGAAUUUUGCUUAUU